AUGAAUGAUCUCAUGACAAAAUCUUUCACAAGCUAUGUGGAUCUGAAGAAAGAAGCCAUGAAAGAUCUCGAAGCCGGUCCAGACCCCAAUAUAGAGAUGGGACAUACCCAGAUGGCCCAUAACCUCAGUGCAUUCCUGGAAGAGGCAGAGAUGGUGAAAAAAGAAAUGAAUUCAAUCAGAGACAUUCUGGGUCGUCUCCAAGAGGCCAAUGAAGAAAGCAAAUCCACACACAAACCCGAAUCCAUAAGAACUCUGCGAAAUCGUGUGUUCCGACGAAGGUCAGGUGUGUUCCGACGAAAGCAUGAGAUUAUUCAAUGA